CUGUGGAACCAACGAAGAAAGAAGAUUGCGUGGAAGACAUUGGUGGACAAGAACGGUCACCAUGUACCACCACUCCCUCCAUCCUCUACAUCCGUUCACCAUCCUCACGAAGGACCCAGAGCUCAGGCCUUCACUCCAGACGUGAUGGAGCCAGUGGAGAUCAGAGCCUUCCCACAGUUCUACAGAGUCUACGAGACCCAGGGAAAGUGGCACUGCCCGCGACUGGAGGUAUACUGCCUCAUGAGAAACAUCAUUCUCGGACUCUGGUUCCAAAACUGCAAGAGCUACCUGACGGACGAGAGGUGUGUGGAGGCCCUCAGUCUCCGGGGGUUACUGAGGAUCUGGUCGUCUCUCCAUCUCUCUGCCGUCCUACACUUCCUCACACUCCACGGUUUCGUCAACCACGGUUUCCUUGACGACAUACCCAGGCCCCUCCCAUUUCUACAGUCUGACAGAAAGAUCAGAGUACUGAUAAUUGGAGCUGGUACAGCAGGUAUUGCAGCUGCCAAUCAUCUCAGGAACUAUGGACACACUGUGAGGAUUCUGGAGGCCCAGGGGGAACUGGGGGGUCGAGUAAGAGACGAUUUCUCGCUGGGUCCCUGCGUUGGGAUGGGGGCCAUGUUUAUCACGGGGAUCUGCAAUAACCCCUUCACCCUCCUCGCGGAACAGCUGGGGAUUCCCCUGCGGGUGGUGGACGAGGAUCGCUGUGACCUGGUGACCGAGGGACAGGGGAAGGUGGAUGGAGAGGCAGACCUGCAGGUUGAGAAACAUUUCAACAGAACUCUCGACUUGCUGGCCGAUUGGAGGAUUGGACAGAAUUGGGACGUCCCACUGCAGAGUACUUUUCUCUCUCUCCCUCCUUUCCAUACCUCUUGUUCUCUUUUCUACUCUCUCCUUUGUUUCUUCCGUCCUUAUCUCUCUCUUUCUCUGCUCCAUUUUCUCUCUUUCUCUCCCUCCCUUUUUUUCUCCAUUAAUGUUAAUACAAACCAACCUUCAUGCCUGUCUAAGUUGGAGGAGCUACAUACAACAGUACUAUCGUUGGAGCAGGUGUCCCAGCCAUACACUGCAGAGGAGAAGAGUCUUCUUGACUUCCACUACAGUAACCUAGAGUUUGCCUGUGGAGCUCAGCUCUCUCAGAUCUCUUCCCUGAACUGGGACCACAAUGAUACAUUCUCCCAGUUCAGUGGUCCCCAUGCCAUUCUGCCCACCGGGUACCACGCCAUUCUGACCGGAAUGGUUCGCGGUAUCGACAUCGCCUACCACACUACCGUCGAGACCGUUGAGGUGGUGGGGGAGGGGGUGAGGCUGGGGGACCAAAACGGACAAUUCUGGGAGGCAGACAAGGUCGCGAUAAGAUUUUCGGAGCCAUUCUGGAGACAGAGCCUCGGGAACUGCGAUUUCUUUGGUCGCGUGGCUUCCAAUACCGACAGCCGAGGAAUGUUUGGAAUGUUCUACGACAUGUCUUCAGUUUGGUCGCCUAGCAACUCUGAUUCAGUCGGGACUACUUCAGAGACAAAAACGGAGGGACCCACGUCAGAAACGAGGGGACCGUCAGUAAAUUCGCCCACCGAGGGGUCAUUUAUCCUCCUCACGACCAUCUCAGGGAAGGCUCUGUUGUGGUACCAUGCAGCCAGUGACGGCGAGAUCGUGGACUCGUGUCUCAAAACUCUGAGACUCAUGUUUGGAACCAGUGCUGUCCUGGAGGUCCAGGGAUACCAGGUGUCACGCUGGGGCUCAGAGCCACAUGUGGGGAUGUUCUUGGUGUCGGUGGGAGGACACUGCUGAAUGCUACGAGUGCGGCGCACCAGACAACCCGCCUACGAGGUUCCUACCUCGCGGGUUCAUCUCCCCAAGGACGGACAACACCCACAGCUGCAGUCGGUGCGGCGGCCACGGAGACUGCCCGAACCUCAGCGAACGCUGAAAACGCUUCGCAAUGAAUUUUUCGUGUCAGACUGAAUCACUCACUUUUCAUCGUGCAAUAUGUGUGCUUCAUGCAUGCAUGCAUACAUGAUUCACCGAUCGAUACGCACGCGCAAGAUCACGUACGCGCGCACUUGAAAACACAUUACAUAAUCAGCAGAAGGAACCUGCCAUAUGUGGGGAUGUCUUAUUCCUACGUGGCAGUCGGCUCUACUGGAGAAGACUAUGAUGUCAUCGCCGACACAUCUCAUGGGCACAUACACUUCGCUGGGGAGGCGACCAACCGCCAGCACCCGCAGACAGUGACUGGUGCCUACCUCAGUGGGUUGAGAGAGGCAUGCAAGAUCAUGGCUGAUCUCAAAUAACUGCUCACAUCUCUGGGUACAUUGUCUAUGGACCCAGUAUAAUAGUCAACACCACCAUUUUCCUUGUAUUAUAACACUGUAUUAUAAUAGCAUUCCUAUUGAAAACCCUCAUGGGUCCGGAUG